AUGUCAGAUCAGUUAAUUUCAGUUCCUGUUUUUGUAGAAGAUACUGGCGAAACGAUUAUUUUGAAACUUUUAUUACAAGACGCUGCAAAGAUCACUAAAGAUAUAAAUUAUAUGACAAGUCUCAUUAAGAAUGUAUAUAAAAAAAGGAACAAAAAUUUGAUCAAUCAAGAAAGUGUUCAAAUUCCCAUUGAUAAGAGUAACGAGGUACAAGAAUUUGAUGAUGACCCUAAUGAUCAAAGUGAGUAUAACUACACGAGAACAUAA